GGCGAGGCAGCGCGGCACGUGAGACCCGGCGGAGCGGCCGCUCUAGCCCCCCCAUACCCCCGCCACCUCUAUGGCGGGGCGGGCGCGGGACGCCGCGUCUUCUCUAGCCGGAGUCCUCCGGGCGCUCUAUGGUCCCGGCCGCUCCGUGGAGGCGCGGUCCUCCCGCGCCCGUCGGUGGCGCCCAGAGCGGCUCCUCUCUAUGGCGGAAGUGGGGGCGGGUUCCGGUGGCGGCGGCGGCGGCGGCGGCGGGGGGAGGCUCCUCGCGAGCUGCUCGGUCCCCGUCCCCGGGGCAUGCCGCGCUGGGGGGGGAGCUGAACCACCCGCUGCGCUCGGCCUCCUUCCCUUCCCAACGCCCAGGUGCCGCCGCCUCCCCCGGCCGCCAUGGCCGACACGCUGGAGUUCAACGAGAUAUACCAGGAGGUGAAGGGAUCCAUGAACGACGGGCGGCUGCGGCUGAGCCGCCAAGGCGUGAUCUUCAAGAACAGCAAGACGGGGAAGGUGGACAACAUCCAAGCCUCGGAGCUGGCCGAGGGCGUGUGGCGGCGCGUGGCGCUCGGUCACGGCCUCAAGCUGCUCACCAAGAACGGCCACGUCUACAAAUACGAUGGUUUCCGGGAAUCGGAGUUUGACAAGCUCUCGGACUUCUUCAAGGCCCACUAUCGCCUGGAGCUGGCGGAGAAGGACCUGUGCGUGAAGGGCUGGAACUGGGGGACGGUGAGGUUCGGAGGGCAGCUGCUCUCCUUUGACAUCGGGGAGCAGCCGGUGUUCGAGAUCCCCCUCAGCAACGUCUCCCAGUGCACGACGGGCAAGAACGAGGUGACGCUGGAGUUCCACCAGAACGAUGACGCCGAGGUCUCGCUCAUGGAGGUUCGCUUCUACGUGCCCCCCACCCAGGAGGACGGCGUGGACCCCGUGGAGGCCUUCGCUCAGAACGUCCUCUCCAAGGCGGACGUGAUCCAGGCCACCGGAGAUGCCAUCUGCAUCUUCCGGGAGCUGCAGUGUCUGACGCCUCGCGGGCGGUACGACAUCCGCAUCUACCCCACCUUCCUGCACCUCCACGGCAAGACCUUCGACUACAAGAUCCCCUACACGACCGUGCUGCGCCUGUUCCUGCUCCCGCACAAGGACCAGCGGCAGAUGUUCUUUGUGAUCAGCCUGGACCCCCCAAUAAAGCAAGGCCAGACCCGCUACCACUUCCUCAUCCUGCUCUUCUCCAAGGACGAGGACAUCUCCCUGACCCUCAACAUGAACGAGGAGGAGGUGGAGAAACGCUUCGAGGGGCGGCUCACCAAGAACAUGUCGGGCUCCCUCUACGAGAUGGUCAGCCGGGUCAUGAAGGCGCUGGUGAAUCGCAAGAUCACCGUGCCUGGCAACUUCCAGGGACACUCGGGAGCCCAGUGCAUCACCUGCUCCUACAAGGCCAGCUCGGGGCUCCUCUACCCGCUGGAGCGCGGCUUCAUCUACGUGCACAAGCCGCCCGUGCACAUCCGCUUCGACGAGAUCUCCUUCGUCAACUUUGCCCGCGGGACCACCACCACCCGCUCCUUCGACUUCGAGAUCGAGACCAAGCAGGGCACGCAGUACACCUUCAGCAGCAUAGAGAGGGAGGAGUACGGGAAGCUCUUCGACUUUGUCAACGCCAAGAAGCUGAACAUCAAGAACCGAGGCCUGAAGGAGGGCAUGAAGCAGAGCUACGACGAAUACGCUGACUCCGAUGAGGACCAGCACGACGCCUACUUGGAGAGGAUGAAGGAGGAGGGCAAGAUCCGGGAGGAGAACGCCAACGACAGCAGUGACGGCUCUGGGGAGGAGACGGAUGAGUCCUUCAACCCCGGAGAAGAGGAUGAUGAUGUGGCUGAAGAGUUUGACAGCAACGCCUCGGCCAGCUCCUCCAGCGGCGACGGCGACAGCGACCGGGACGAGAAGAAGCCGGCCAAGAAGGCCAAGAUCGUCAAGGACCGCAAGCCCCGCAAGAAGCAGCCGGAGAGCAAGAAGGGGAAAGACCCCAACGCUCCCAAGCGGCCGAUGUCGGCUUACAUGCUCUGGCUGAACGCCAACCGGGAGAGGAUCAAGUCGGACCACCCCGGCAUCAGCAUCACAGACUUGUCCAAGAAGGCCGGGGAGCUCUGGAAAGCCAUGUCCAAGGAGAGGAAAGAGGAAUGGGAUCGCAAGGCAGAAGACGCCAGGAGGGACUACGAGAAGGCCAUGAAGGAGUACAGCGUGGGCAGCAAGUCCGAGAGCUCCAAGGCGGAGAGGUCUAAAAAGAAGAAGAAGAAGCAGGAGAAGCAGAUGAAGGGAAAAGCAGAGAAGAAAGGUGCCUCCUCCAAGUCUUUGUCCUCCACCAAGUCCUCUGCCAAGAGCAUGAGCGAGAGCUUCAAGAGCAAAGAGUUCGUCUCCAGCGACGAGAGCUCCUCCGGAGAGAGCAAGAAGGAGGACUCGGAGGAGGAGGGAGCCGCCAGCCCACCCCCCAGCUCGGAGGAAUCGGCGUCCGGCUCGGAUUAGCCCCGUGCCCAGCGGGCUCCAGGCCAGUUCCCAGAUUGGCCCGAGGACCGGGCGGGCCGGCCCCGCGGCAGGGACCUGGGUCUUGGGUCCGGCCGGCUCCCAGCCCCCCUGGCCACGCCUGGGGGGGGGACACGGGACAUGGGAUGGGGUGGGAGAGCCCGGCCCCCUGCCCACGCCCUCAGUGCCUGGCUGGGGGAGCGGCAGCCCGGGGGGGGGGGGAGGCCCUGGAGGGGCUUCGGUCCCACCUCAGCCCUCUUUCGCAUCAAUUUAUUUUUUUUAAAUACUCGGGUUUGUUUCUGUCUUUUCUUUCCUUUGUUGUUUUGUUUUUUUGGUUUUUUUUUUUGUAUUUUGGGUCCGUUCACAUGGCAACUCGGAUUGAAUAAAAAAACCCCACCGAGGGCAUGAGUGUGGGUG